GUGUGUGUGUGUGCGUGUGUGAUCAGUGGUCCUGCAGCAUCUUCCUGGAGCUCUCUAAACACGAUGUACUCUGCGAUCAGAACAAACCUUCAGAUGUUUCUCUCAUUACCUACGUUUUUUAUAUAUAUAUAUAUUGUGCAUUCUAUUAAUCUCAGUGAUUUAUGGAUUUAUUCAGCUUUCAGUUGAUGCAUCUUUUUAAACAGGCUCUACAUGAGCUCGUGGACCCCCGAGUUUGAGGACACUGGGUUGAUGAAUCCAUGGCUCUGUUAUGGCGUGACACAGAUCUGCUCUCUACUCUCCUCUGCUCUGCUGUGUGUGUGUGUGUGUGUGUGUGUGUGUGUGUGAGUCUAACAGACACAGAUCUACAGGACACUGGUGGUCUCUAAACACAGAUGUUUGUUCCUCUCUCAUCUCAGGAGGCUUCAGCACAUUCUCAGUCAUGGCUCAUAGCUCUGAUUGAAUGCUGGAGACCCAGUCCAGGAGCGUCUGACGAGGGCCAAUCAGCUCUCGCUGCCCGCUGAUGGACGCAGGUCCUGGCCAAUCACAGCAGGGACGUGGAGGAAUGGGGCGGGGCCUGAGUGCUGGAGACUCUGUGUUCUUGAGGUCCCACUCAUCUGUUGCCGUGGUGAUGGGCUGUCGACUGUCACGGCCAUGGAUGGGAGACAGGACGGGGGUUCACGGUCGGGAUCUGACCCACCUGCAGAAGCGAGAGGCCUUCCGUAUCCUGGCCAGCUACGAGCAGCCAAUCACGCUUCAGACUGAGGGCCGGGGGCGGAGCCUGCAGUACAACAGGACGACGGACUGCAGCACGCAGACGGAGCGACCCUGGGAUCCUCUCCGGCUGAACUUGUGCACUCUGCCACGACUUCCUCCCUCGGACAGGGCGUACUACGAUCACAUGUCCCUGCCUGGGACCCGUGGAGAUGGAGGCAGGUGCGAGUACCUACCAAACACGGCCCGAGACCCGGAGCACAGAGAACGACUGGCCUACACUCUGUCCAGCGGCAUGUCUCCGGGAGAAAACUGUCUGAUCGGAUGCUGCAACACCAACCUGGACGAACCCCGAGGUUUCCAGAGUCAGACCGAUGACGAUGACUACACGAUGGAGAGACCCCUGGGUCACCUGCCUCUUCAUCACGAGCUGGACAGCGGGCUCGGCUGGACGGACGGUAGCUUCCACCAGGGGGAGCUGUCAGGGGUGGAGACGGAGGAGGGGCUUGAGGAGUGUCACGGCGGGUCGCCGUCGUCCGAGUCCUUCUUCUCGUCUGAGCUGAGCGACUCGGGUUUCCACAGCGUCAGCACUGGCGAGUUCCUGCGCUUCCAGCGUCUGCUCGAGAAACGCAUGCGCCAUUACAACGCCUGCAUGCACCACCAGGGGGAGCCGUGCUCUCAUGAGCGGUGCGACAGCCAGAUAAAACACCCCCUAGAGGCCAUCCCAGAAACACUGACGGUGCAGCCUCAACACGUCUGUGCGCUCGUCCCGGGAUCACGAGGUUUGUCGCGUGUUUCGUCUGUGCAGUACCACAAGGCAGAGCGUCCGUGUUUGAACAGGCACAGCUCCAGCAGCGGCUCGCUCUUCAAUCCCGGCCCUCAUCCGAUUUCUGAGGGAAUGCUGACAAGAAGCAGGACACUGCAUCACCGCUCGGCACCAGCGGAGUACCGCAGACGGGCGAGUCACCCGGCCUCGCCCAACUACUGCAGCGCUACGCUGCAUCCCUGCGUCCACAGAGAUGACCCGCCCAUGAAUCUCCCUCAGGAGCAGGACUUGGCACUUAUGCACACCGUUUCACACCCUGUUGUACACCCUGCUGCACUCCCUUCACACACUCUACACGCAAUGAGUCAACCGUCCCUGAUCUCUCCAGUUUACGAACACUGCUGCAUGCCUCCGGAUCUUCACGCCAACGGCAGGAUCAGAGCAUCCACUGAACCACAACUCCAGAGGACCCAACAGACUCCCAACAACAGGUUCCACACCCUAAGUCACACGCCCAGUCAGGACUCCAACGAAACCUGGCCGAAACUCCCCAACCGCGCGGUAUCUGUUGGGGGAGGCGGACUCUACAGCACCUUGGAGGGCCACGCGCCCGCUAGGAAGCCACCCGGCGGGAAUUUGCGUGCUUUGCGAAACCAGAUGCUGCGGGAACGAGCCUCAAGAUUGGCGGACGAGCGUAGCGGCAUGAGCACGGACGAAGAGAGUCACAGCGAGGUCCGCAUGGGUCGCUACUGGAGCCGCAGCGAGCGCCGCGAACACAUGCUGCAGAAACAGCGACAGGCCAGAAACAACGACAGCUGCAGCGUAGCUACAUCAGGAUUGGUGCAUAGCGGCGGAGUCGUGGGAGGAGCUAACAGAGAAAGUUGUAGCACUGUUCUCGAACUGAGUCAGAAGAAACUAAGUCGCAUGAGGAACCGGAAGCUGCUGGAUGACUGGACCACUGUAGAGGAACUCCUAACGCACGGAUCACGCCUGGGUCCUAGCGAAGCCCCCCGGCAGCUGCCUACGUCAUUGCUCACCGUCACAACUGUAUAACGACACUCAACUAGCAUGUGUUCAAGUUGACUUGUGUGUGUGUGUGUUUGUGUGUGUUGGACCGGCCGCACUACACAAAGCUACCUCCUGACAUUGAGGCUUACAGACGAUUCCGAACACUGUAGUACAUUGUUUUUUAAAUGUUAUAUUUGCAGUAUCUUGUUUCGCAUUGUGUUGUGAAGAGACGUUUUAUUAGAAAGCAAAUUCACUAGAGUUUGAUUUGACCGCAUGAAGCAAUACAACAGAUUACGAUGCCAGAUUAAACCAAUUUUUCAUUUGGUGCCAAGAAAAGUUUACAUUACGGAUCAUUUUAAAGUGGUGCUAACCGUAAGAUUUAAUUUCUUCAACAUGAUUUGCAACUAAACUACAAACGACAUCCGAAUUACACCAGUUAUGCACAAAAUUUCAAGAAACCCCUUUCCGACUGUCUUGCUCUAGCUAAUUUGUGGUGUUAGCACAGCCCCUUCUCCUUUCAAUCAUAAAUCUGAUUCUCUGGGAAUAAUAUCGGAUAAUCUAACGAUGGAUCGGGAGUCAGAUACGCCGUUGAUUGGGUGUGCAGGGUCAUGCUGGAGAUCGGGCAGCAGAAACGCUAGCGUUUGUUGUAAAGUGUGCGGAUUCUUGCACUAUAACUGUAGUUCCGUAGAGUAUUUUUAAAGCUACUUUUCUUGUGCUCUUCACAAUUGAUUUCACAAAAAAAAAAUUUACGAAAAACUUUUAUAAAGACUCAAAUAAGGAUUAAAGGUGGUAUUAACACAAGUAAAUCCAUAUGGAGAGAAAGACGAUCAACGCACAACUGUGUUUUUGUUCAAACAUGUAAAUUUAUCCAAUAUUUUCAGUGCACCUUUCCGCAAACAAAGUUUUAACUUUACACUACAAUAAGGCUCAUGAAAAGCAAGCAGAAUUAAGUCUCCACAAGUAGAUCAGUUACAAAUAAAUGGUGUUUUGAUUGAUGUACACAAAUUCGUUCUGUUCAUGAGACACCUGUUUCAGCGUGGGAUGUUUGCUGAUUUUUUUCUUCUUCUUCUUUGAGCGGAAAAUCAGGAUUUUUCCCACCUGCACUAUUG